GAGGGAGUCAGCGCUGGAGCGUCUCAGUUAUGGUGCGGUGCAGUUGCGUGUGGUUCAGAAAGUAUGGAAACUUCAUUGAUAACCUAAGACUCUUCACGAGGGGAGGAAGUGGUGGAAUGGGUUACCCUCGUUUAGGUGGAGAAGGUGGAAAAGGUGGCGAUGUCUGGGUUGUAGCCCAUAAGAAAAUGACUUUAAAACAACUUAAAGACAAAUAUCCUCAGAAACGGUUUGUGGCUGGAGAAGGAGGAAAUAGUCGAGUUAGUGCACUGAAAGGCUCCAGAGGAAAAGACUGUGAAAUUCCUGUACCUGUGGGUAUUUCAGUAACUGAUGAAAAUGGUAAAAUUAUAGGAGAACUCAAUAAAGAGAAAGACAGAAUUUUGGUAGCUGAAGGAGGUCUUGGUGGUAAACUACUUACAAAUUUCUUACCAUUGAAAGGCCAGAAACGAGUCAUUCACCUUGAUCUAAAACUUAUAGCUGAUAUAAGCCUAGUAGGAUUCCCAAAUGCAGGAAAAUCGUCUUUGCUAAGUCAGGUUUCUCAUGCAAAACCUGCCAUUGCUGAUUAUGCAUUUACAACAUUAAAGCCUGAACUUGGAAAAAUUAUGUAUAACGAUUUCAGACAGGUAUCAGUAGCUGAUCUUCCUGGCUUAAUAGAAGGAGCACAUAUGAACAAAGGAAUGGGCCACAAAUUCCUCAAGCAUAUAGAAAGAACUAGACAACUACUUUUUGUAGUCGAUAUUUCUGGAUUUCAGCUUUCUUCCCGAACUCAAUACAGAACUGCCUUUGAAACCAUAAUACUACUUACAAAAGAGUUGGAGUUGUACAAAGAGGAACUUCAGACAAAACCUGCACUCUUGGCAGUUAAUAAAAUGGACUUGCCAGGUGCCCAAGAUAAAUUCCACGUACUGAUGCAUCAACUCCAGAAUCCUAAAGAUUUUCUGCAUUUAUUUGAGAAAAAUAUGAUUCCAGAGAGGACUGUGGAGUUCCAACACAUCAUCCCCAUCUCUGCAAUUACGGGAGAAGGAAUUGAAGAAUUAAAGAACUAUAUAAGAAAAUCUCUGGAUGAACAUUCCAACCAGGAAAAUGGCCCAGGUCAUUUCUACUGUCUAUUCAGACGUGCAUAUAUUUCUUCUAAGUUGAUUAAGGUUGUUUUAGAGCUGUCAGGUACCUCAAAGAUCUGACUGACAGUACUGCACAAGCCUGCCUGCCAUGGGCUGUCGGGAUGUCCAUGCAGCCACAGUCCUCUCCUUCCUGUGUGGAAUCGCC